GUAGGGCAGGAGCUUGUUAAUCUCGGUAAAGGACUGGGGAUCCCCAGGGUCGUAGUUGAGCACCAGGCGGCUCGCUGAAACGUAGAGAGCAGUGGCAUUCACCGGGUUCAUCGCAGCCGCUCGCACGCCGCCGGCUCCGGGCAUGGCGCAAGCCUGAUGUGUCUGGCCUCAAAGAGAGAGAGCUGCAGGGCUUUGGAAGUUCUUAGAAGAUCGGGCAGGGGAGCAGACACGGUCUGGAUGCCUCAGAGGACACCAGCUGCCCACACGGCACUGUGUAGAUGGAAGCUUGUCCCAAGUGUUGUUGCUGCCCAUACCAGCACUCUGGAGACUAGGAGGCAUAACACAGCAGCGGAUUCACAGGCUUGGGGCAGGAGCUGCCUUUUCUGAACUACACUGUGCCUGGCCUGUUGGUUUCCUGCCUCAACCCUGGACCUGCCUCAUUGCUGUGGACAUCUGGCCAUCACUGGGCUCACCCUUGCUACUGCUGCUGGACCUGCUCUGCUCUUCUUGUUCAGGGAAAGCUAACAGCAAGAGAACGAAUUCUUCUGCUGUUGGACCCUGACAGCUUUGAUGAAUAUGACAUGUUUGUGGAACACAGAUGUGCUGACUUUGGGAUGGACUCUGAUAAGAAUAAGUAUCCUGGAGACAGUGUGGUGACUGGCCGUGGACGGAUUAAUGGGAGACUGGCUUAUGUUUUCAGUCAGGAUUUCACUGUGUUUGGAGGCAGUUUAUCCGGAGCUCACGCCCAGAAGAUCUGCAAGAUCAUGGAUCAGGCUGCCAUGGUUGGAGCACCAGUGAUUGGGCUGAAUGACUCUGGAGGAGCCCGUAUUCAGGAGGGAGUGGAGUCCUUGGCAGGCUAUGCAGAUAUAUUUUUGAGAAAUGUUCUGUGUUCUGGGGUAGUUCCCCAGAUCUCCCUCGUUAUGGGUCCUUGUGCUGGUGGAGCUGUGUAUUCACCUGCUUUAACUGAUUUCACAUUCAUGGUGAAGGAUACAUCCUAUCUAUUCAUCACUGGCCCCGAUGUAGUGAAGUCUGUUACCAAUGAAGAUGUCACCCAAGAGCAGCUUGGGGGUGCGAAGACACACACUGCUGUAUCUGGAGUCGCUCACAGAGCCUUUGAGAAUGAUAUAGAUGCUUUACUUAAUCUCCGAGAGUUCUUUAAUUAUUUACCUCUCAGCAACCGUGAUCCAGCUCCAGUCUGUGAAUGCCAUGAUCCCAGUGACCGUUUGGUUCCUGAGCUGGACAUGAUCGUACCAACUGAAUCUACUAAAGCCUACGAUAUGCUGGAUAUCAUACACUCCAUUGCUGAUGAAAGGGAAUUCUUUGAGAUCAUGCCUUCCUACGCCAGGAACAUUGUUGUCGGAUUUGCCAGGAUGAAUGGCCGAACUGUUGGGAUAGUGGGCAACCAACCCAAAGUGGCAUCAGGGUGCUUAGACAUAAAUUCCUCUGUGAAAGGAGCCCGCUUUGUUCGCUUCUGUGAUGCCUUCAACAUACCUCUGAUCACUUUUGUGGAUGUUCCUGGAUUUUUGCCAGGUACAGCUCAGGAGUAUGGUGGAAUCAUACGUCAUGGUGCAAAACUACUGUUUGCCUUUGCAGAAGCAACUGUGCCUAAAAUUACCAUCAUCACCAGAAAGGCCUAUGGGGGUGCCUAUGAUGUGAUGAGUUCCAAGCAUUUAAGAGGAGAUGCAAAUUACGCCUGGCCCACGGCAGAGGUGGCAGUGAUGGGCGCCAAGGGUGCUGUCCAGAUCAUUUUCAGAGGAAAAGAGGCAGAUGCGGAGGCUGAAUAUGUGGAUAAGUUUGCAAACCCCUUUCCUGCAGCCAUGAGAGGGUUUGUUGACGAUAUCAUCCAACCUUCAAGCACCCGCAUGCGCAUCUGCCACGAUCUCGAUGUGCUGGCUAGUAAAACCCAGUCCAACCCCUGGAAGAAACACGCUAAUAUCCCACUGUGAGUGUGAGGAGGGGCUUGGAAGCCACGGCAGUGUUCUGAAAACAAAUACACUCUGUCUACUUUGCAAUGAAAAUGUAUCUUUUCAUUUUGAUUUUUGCUAAUGACUACCAAUAAAUCGUAGUACAUAUCUCUAA